AUGCGUGUGCAUAUGAAGCGCGUGCAAUUAUGUCUUGAACAGGAGAAACGCAACAAGUUUUACAAGGAAUUGGUGGUCUAUUUGUGCUUCUUGGCAGUCGUCAUGGCGACAUUAUUGACAUUGCCAGUUCACUUUCCAUACGAGCAGAAUUCAGUCUUGGAUAAUACUUACUUUCGUGAACAGUUUCCAGAUGAAACGUAUCCGAAAAACUUUUAUGAUGUUGGCAAUGAGGGUGAAAUGUGGCAGUGGAUCAAUGGACCGAUGCUUUAUCAGAUCUAUGACUCUCCUAGACGCAAUAACCGCCCGAUUGGCAGUAUCCAGAUGCGAACAGGUCGAGUGAAAGGCACGCUUUGCAGUCAGACUUCUGGACGAAGUGGCUUCGUUAUGUUUUCGGAUGCAAUUUGUUAUCCCGAGUAUUCGACGAGAGACGAAAGAAAGGAUGCGUACGGCAAUAAUAGUGGCGUGCUCGAUGCACAAUAUCACUGGACCAACGGACUGAGUAAGCUGCUACGCUCUGAAACGUUUAAACCAGGUCUUGUGAGCCGCGAGAUGGACUAUGGACACGGUGGGUACGUAGUUUAUCUACCGCGUGACAAUCAUACUGCAGCCACCGCAUUAGUCAAGCAGCUACAAAGCGACUUUAUUCAAGAUGAUACGCGGUACAUGGUAUCAACCUUUGCGUUUUAUAAUGCACCCAGCAACAUCUUUUCACAUGUGCAGGGACUAUUUGAGAUGAGCAACACCGAUUACAUGGAAGUCACAGCACGAAUCAAAAGUUUUCGCAUUCUGGCAAGCUACAAGGACACUGGUGACUUUUUGGAUGCUAAUUCUCUCGUGAUUGUUUUGAUGAUUGCUACGCUCUUGCUCGCUACUCGUGAAAUCUCAGAUUUGCGCACCUAUGGGCUGCGCAAGUAUGUACAAUCUCUUUGGAAUGUUUUGGAUAUGGUCCAACUCGUGCUGCUCGUUGUGUUUCUUACGAUCUGGGUGCUUUUUAUCGUAGAAGCAGAAAACAUUCGUGACGAUCUUUAUCGUGUUGGUGACAUGGAUUGUUCCGGUCCGGCGGAAGACCAGGAAACAGCACGAACGUGCUUUAUCGAUAUCGAGCAAUUAGCAUGGCUAUCUCGUUCAGUGACAAACUACGCAGCAGUUCUUGGACUGGUGUCCGUAGCCAUUGUGUUCAAGUACUUGCGAUUGAACUCGCGCUUGAAUCUGCUUUGGCGCACUCUUCGCUUUGCAGCCAAGGAUCUUCUCGCGUUCGUGAUUAUUUUCUUUACUAUUUUCUUUGGUUUUGCAGUCAUGGGCUUCCUGACAUUCGGCAGAGCUGUACAGCAGUACCAUUCACUGUCGGUGUCGCUGACGAGCUGUUUCCAAAUGCUGUUGGGUGCAUUUGAUUACGAAGAGAUUUACACUGCUAACCCGACCAUGGCCGCAAUCUUCUUCUUCAGCUUCAUGAUCUCUAUCUACCUCAUUUGUGUUAAUAUGUUCAUCGCUAUCAUGAGUGAGUACUAUUCGGUAGCCCAGAAUGAAAAGAAGACUCUCGAAGAGAACAAGCGCAAUAUUGCAGAUAGUAAAGACGAUGAUUUUCGCGAUUCACUUCAGCUUUUGGACGUCGAGUAUGACUUAGUCAAGCAGAUUAAGAAUUACAUCUAUGGUCUGCGCGUACGAGUAAAGAUGCCCCCAGUUGUAAACGCUAACACGGUGUGCAACACCCAGCAGCUCGUGUUAUGCGGUUUCCAGCGGGUUUUACUCGUAGACUAUGACUAUCUCAUGGCUGAACGGAAGCGGCUACGUCGAAAAUUCCGUGCCUGUGUACACCUGGUCAUGUGUUGUGGUGACUUGAUGCGCCAGAACGAUCCGGAUUUCGUGAUGCAAGUGGAGCUAGAUUUUAUUGGCGAGAGCGCGCGUCCUCGAGCGGAUUCUGCUGACUCAUCCGCUGCUGAUCUUGUCGAGUUUCCCGUGACUUACGUUCCCAUUUCAUCAUCGCUGGCUAACACUGUUGAGAUUCUCAAGCGGUUGAAGCAAGGAAUGUUUGUCAAGAUCGAUGAUGGCUCGCUUACGAACGAUCAGAUCACGCUGGAGGUACUCGGAGAUCAGGACAAGUACGUUCCGUCGCGCUUUAUACGCCAGCAGCAGGCUGUAAAGCAGAAUGAUGAAUACUAUGAGAGCAAUGACGGAUUUCAUGUGCGCAUCAGUGAAGGCGCUAACACUACCGAAAUAUGUGGAAGCAAUCACAACCAUGAGUUUGGUUUGCGGCAUAACCACCCGAAGAUCGGUGGAGCGGAUCACAUUCGGGCGUGUCGUGUGCUCUACAAUGGCAAUGCUCUGCUUGACGGCAACGAAAUGUGCAUCAUGCCUCGUUCGACAUGGUUUCGCUACUUUGCUGAAUACGUUGGAUGGGGCUACGUCAAGCGGCAUCUGACAUGCAAGCGGAAGAAGAAGAAAAUCCGCCGCCUCGUGACAGAUGCUGAAGUUGAUCGGCUUAUCAAGGAGAGUUAUGCUGCACCUGGGCGCGACAUCUCGUGCAGAUUCGACGAGCUUGUGCGCAACUUCCGCAUGUUUAUUGCUAAGAAGGUGCACAAACGUCACCUUCGUAUCCCGAAUCUUGAAGACCGCAUCUUUCAGGAGGUAAUCACAUUUCUCGAGCGAUUUCCAUCAGCACUAACUCCUUUGGACAAACGCGAAUUGGAAGGCUACAAGUACACGCCUCAACCAUUGGAUACCCGUCGUAUUCGGUUGCCCCACUCUAUUAAUCUGCUGGCAGAGUUGUUAUCGCAAAAUGCACACGAAGUUUGGGCCGUGGGGCGAAUCAAUCAAGGUUGGCGCUGGGGCACUGGACGCGACAACGACACAAAGCUUCAUCCUGACCUUGUCCCAUAUGAAUCUCUUACGGAGCAGGACAAGCAGUACGAUCGUGACACAUCCAUGUCGGCACUUAAAGUCAUUACGGCGCUAGGUUAUGUGCUGGAGCCUCCAUCUAGCAAUGCAGAGCAGUUUGACGGAUUCGAGUUCGGCACCGCCGCGACUGAACCUGGAGGCACUUACGUGCCGAAACCAAUCCCGACUGAUGAUGUGAAAGUCCCCCCGCAUCUUCGUUCAGUGAUUGAGCUUCUUGCUGAAAACACACACGAAGUGUGGGCACAGAUGCGCAUGGAGCAAGGCUGGAAGUUUGGUCCGCGACGUGAUGAUGCGAAGAGGGAACACAAUGGUCUCGUCCCGUACAUUUACCUCAAUCAGGACGAGAAGCAAAUGGACCGCAACACCGCCAUGCAGACAGUAAAGCUCAUUUUGCGUCUCGGGUUCAAUUUCACGCACAAGGAUCAACGAGCUCGCAGUGGGAAGAAGAAACAAUCGGUCCAUACUAAGAUGGUUGGCCGCAACGAAAAGUCGGAAGUGCGUCACGUCAAAGAGGCAGUUACGUUGGCACGUGGUGCCACCCGUGCUAAACGUGCCUUCAUGGGUCGCAACGGCCCUUUUUCCAGCCUCCGUUCGUCCUCCGCUGCAAGUCUCUUCUCGUUCUACUCAUCUGGAUCGGAGACGACACCACAAGAAUCGCAACAAUGUAGAGCUGCUGUGGCUCAUGAACGGCUAAUUGCAACAGCUUCGUCAUCUACAGUGACAGUCGAAUCCGCAGGCGACAUCACGAUGCUGAUCUCUUCGGUUCAGUCUGUAAGCUCCACAGCGGAGUCCUUUAACUCACCAAAAAAUGGCGAUGGUUUCAACAGCUAG